CAAAGAGCUCUCACUCAAACCCUAGUCAAUGUAUGCUCUUACUCUUUGUUACACCUAAGAUUGUGGGAAAGCUGUCACUCUUGAAAGAAAAGGUGAAAUAUGAAAGUGCUAGAUUUUGUAUGACAUCCAUUUGUGUGCAUUUGUAUGACAUCCAUUAGGUGCAAUGUGGAUGAGAAAAGAAAUGAUUCUUACUUUGUAUACUCCUUUCCAAUAUUCCAUCUUUAUAGAAGUGGCAUGCAGAAAAUGGCCACCUUUAUCCCUUUUCCACAAUCCCUAAUUAUAAUUAGCUUGUGUUCUUAAAGGUGAUAAUAUGGAGAUUAAUAUAUGGACAUUUUAGGGUUCUUGAGUGUUAGGGCUCAUGGUCAUGGACAUCAUCACGCAACUCCAGGACCAGGUGAACAAGAUCGCCUUCCUCGCCUUCAACAGCGUCGGAUCCUUGCAGCGCGAUGCAGCGCCGGUCCGCCUCUCGCAAAACUACCCGGAUCCACAGGCACUAGCUCCUGGCGCGCCUCCUCUGCCCGGCCAGCAGCAGCAGCAGCAGCAGCAAGCACAGCAAUCACAGCAGCCACAACAGCAGCAAGAACAAGCCCCGGAAAUGGCAUCGACUCUCGUCCAGGCCGCAAAACAGUUUGAUGCGCUUGUGGCUGCCUUGCCAAUAGCUGAAGGUGGUGAAGAGGCACAGCUCAAGCGAAUUGCGGAGCUCCAGGCAGAAAACGAGGAGAUUGGGAAAGAGCUACAGCUGGAGCUGGAUCUUGCAGAAGAAGAGCUCAAACUAAUGAGGGAGCUCUUCCACACAGCUGCGGACGACUGCCUUCGUUUCAAGCAGUUACAAUGACAAAAGCUUUCGAGGAGGAACAUCGCUCUUUGCAGCUCCAUUCUGUUCCUGGCAGUUUGAUCUCGAGCUCUCGCUCUCGCGGCCUGGAGCCCGACUCUCCUCCUCCUGGCAUUUUGAGCUAGCGGC